AUGGAAUCGUCUGAAGUCGUCCUUCGUGAAUACUUGCGAAGCGUGCGCGUGUAUGACCUCUGCGCGCGCACCGACAUGGGCGCGCUGCUGCACCACUCCGCCGCCGUUUCCUGCCUCGCUUUGCACGGCAGCGGGAGUCGCCCCACUCACCUGCUCGCAGGCAGUGAAGACCGCACCAUCAGCCUAUGGGAGGUCGCCACGUGGCGGCAUCUAUCAAGCCUCAAAGGGCACAAGGCGCCUGUGAAUGACAUCGCAGUGCACCCAUCGGGGCGGGUGGCACUGUCAGUGGCGAGGGAUGCGGAGCUGCGCCUGUGGAACCUGCUGCAGGCGCGCUGCUCCUUCCGCACGCGCCUGCCCGCCGAGCCCCUCGCCCUCACCUACUCGCCCGGGGACGCUGCCUGCUAUGCGCUGGCCCUCAGGGGCGGUGCCGUGGCCGUGCACUGCUCUGCUGACGCCUCGCUCACUGCCACGCUGCCCCACCCCGCCUCCUGCCUCGCCCUCUCCUUCCUCACUCCACACGCAGUGGUGACGGGCGGUGAGGAGAGGGCAGUGAAGGUGUGGGAUGUGCGCCAGCUGCCGCUGCACCCCGCCGUGAGUGUGGCUGCUGCUCACAGCGCUCGCAUCCGCGGCGUGCUGGGGGCGCUGGCAGCUCGACGGGGGGGCGCAGGGGGGAGUGGGGGUGAGGGGAACGAGCUGGCUGCCGUAGCCAAGGCAGGCCUGACCGCUUGGCGCAGUGAGGGGGGAGGGGGUGAGGAUGGGGAGGAUGGGGAGGGCGAGGAGGAAGAGGGGGACAGAGGGAAAGGAGAGGAAGGAGGUGGCAUGGACGGUGGUGGUGGUAAGCGUGGCAAGGAGGAAGGGGUGGCAGGGCGGAAAAGGAAGAAGAGGGAGAGCAGAGGGCGCAGCAGCAGUAAUGGGGCAGCAGAGUGGAGUGAGUAUGUGGUUGUGUCGGCAGCAUCAGAUGGGUGCAUUCGCCUGUGGGACCUGCGCUCCCUCUCCUCCUCCACCCACGCACCUGCCACUGCACCCACCGCACCCACCGCACUCCCCCCUGGAUGCCUCUCUCAAGUGCUCACCAACGCGCGCCUCACGUGCCUUGCGCUCUCCGACCUCUCACCCCACUCCACAGCACCGCCCCGUCCUGGCAAGAGGGCAGGUGGUGUGGAGGGCGGUGCAGAGGCGAGGAAGAGGAGCAAGCGUGGGAAGCCGUGA